UUUAAAGAGAGCUAGGAGGGUCUAGGAAAGGUUUAUUAUAUUAAAUUUUUUAACAGUUAAACAUGAGGUCAUUCAGUUAAACCGGAUGAUGUACAUAUGAGUUGUUAGUUACGGACUGUUACUGUUGCAGCUGCUGGAGGUGGAGCUAGUUUGCAGUUAAAUAGUUUAGUCCAAUGGUUCCCAACCUAGGGGUGGGGCUCCUCCAAAGGGUCAGCAGAUAAAUGGGAGAGGAGUAUAAUACACUGAUUUUAUUAAACUACUCAAAUUGCAAGAAAGUAGGGACAAAUAAUAUUUCAGAGGGUGCAGAGGUGAUGAGACCCAAUUGCAGCACAAAACACCCAGGAGCAGUUUGAAGUGAUUUUAUUCAAUAUAGCAAGGUAACAAGAACAGGUAUCUGGCACGAUGUGUAGGGCAACAGGCAGGGCUCAGGGUCACCAAAGACAGAGCUGGCAGUAGGUAAGGCAAUGCCAGUAGUACUCACGGACAUGAGGCUGACCAAGAGGAAGUCUGGGCUUUCCUGACAGGAUUGAUAGCUGGAGAAUGCCACACAGCCACAGGCGAUACUUGAGGUCAGGGACAGAAGGCUGGUGCAUUCAUAGACACAUAUAUACGUAGACGCCGCAUUGACUGUGGAGAGGCGUGCCUAAAGCACCGCCAUCUUGGUACAGGGCUAGCAGAGGCAGUAGUGCAUGUAUAUCUAUGGAGGUAAGAGUUACUCCACAGUUUCAAAGUAGAAUUAGUCAAUGAAAUCUCAACCACUUUCCAAACGGUUUGAUUAGUUAAAAACGUGUCUAUCUAUCUAUCUGACAUUUGUAACAAACAACCAGUGUGAAUGUUGACAAUUCAGCAAUUUCAUUUAUUUAUUUUUAUUACAAUUGAGCGAUGUAUGAUCCCUUUUUAAUAGCGCAAACACAUCAUUCCUCUAUAGACACAAUGCACUGCAGGAGCGAGUGGCCCUGGACCAAGAUGGCCACAGUGUAGGCACGUCGCCCCAAUCGGCAGCAGCAAUUAAUGCAGAGUCUACGUAUAUAUGUCUAUGGGUGCAUUCACCAGGGUUAAACACAAGGAGAGGAGGUCCAAGGCAAGCCAGGUCAAAACCAGGAAAACUGUCUGUAAAUGAGUGCUGGGCAGUCUGGCAUGUAGACAAAGACAAUCUGGCCAAGAGCGAGUGGACAACAGGAGAAUAUAUAAUGGGUUGAUUGGGGAUGAGCUGAGAGUCCAGGUGUACAGAGUUGGCUGAUGAAGUGGAGUGCAGCAGGGGUGAGGUGAGUUUAAAUUGACAAGCAGUAGGAGAAGAGCAGAACAUUCAGUGGAGAGAUUGAACUUUGCUGAAGCAGGUGAGAUUUACAGGUUAUAUUCAUCUUACUGAACAGCUUUUCAUGAGAUGUUAUAAUAUUAUGUCUUCAUAUGAAGUCGUGAGGAGUUCAGUGUAAGUCAUUUGUCAUUGAUAUUUCUUUUCUGAUUAUUACAUUUGUCCUGCAGCCGUCCAACACAUCACAAUGAAGAUCGUUCUUCUUCUCUGUGCUGCCUUCGUUCUGAAGGUUGCAACAGAGCCAAUUAAGUCAAAGUUGGGUGCGCAGCCGAACAGGACUCAAGAGGCGACGCCAGGACCUUUGACGACCCAGGCGGCUGAAAGAACAACCAAAGACCAACCACUUCCUGUGACGGAGGCAGGAAAACGGACAUUGGGUGACAUGAGGCCAAAUGGGGAAGGUUGUUUUCCUGAGUGGGUGCGAUAUGGAACCAGAUGCUUUAAACUCUUCACCACACCAAUGACCUGGAUCAAUGCCGAGAAAGAAUGUAAUGCAUUUAUUGCCAACCUCGCCUCCAUCCACAACCUGGGGGAACAUGAUUUUCUCUACAGCCUAGCGAAACGGGCAAAUGAAGGAAGAGUUUGGAUCGGUGGCUCAGAUGCUGUUAAAACCUCUACAUGGUUAUGGAGUGAUGGAUCCAUGUUUUGUGGUUACACUAACUGGGGCAGUGGUGAGCCGAAUAGCUCGCAGGAAAGAUGCAUGGAAAUGAACUCUAAAGGGUGGAAUGAUCAAAAUUGUGACGACAGUCGUCCCUUCAUCUGUGGAACAAGACCAGAUGCACCACUUCAACUCCCUUAAUCAAAGUGUUAUGGGUGUGUGGGGUCUUCUACAGUCAGCACAGGAUCAUAAGUUUAUAACCUUUUGUAGAUCAGAUGAAACUAUCAGAACCAAUGAUAACA